AUGGGAGCUUCAUUACACAAAAUUAGUUUUCUAGUAUUGGCUUUGUUUGUAGCCUUUAUUGCAAUUUUGGUACAAACUGGACACUCAACAACCCCCAAGCCACAAUCACAAGCCAACAAAGCUCCGCCGCCCGCCAAAGGGAAAGCGGCUGUGCCACCUACAGCCACCCAUCGGAAACAGCCACCUGCAGCCACCCAUCCUAAGGUGGUUGCCAACAAGCCAUCCACAUCACCACCUGCAGCCUCCAAUCUUAAGGCGGCUGCCAAGCCAGCACCAUCGCCACCCGCAGCCAGCCAUCUUAAGCCCGCUGCCAAGCCAACACCGACACCUCAUAAGCCAGCUGAUGCCAAGCCAUCACCAUCGCCACCCGCAGCCAGCCAUUUUAAAGCGGCUGCCAAGCCAACACCGCCACCAUCACAUAAGGCGGCUGAUGCCAAGCCGUCACCAUCACCACCUGCAGCCAGCCAUCUUAAGCCGGCUGCCAAGCCAACACCGCAAGCCACCGUCCACGCCAAGGCUGCAAAAGCUCCUACAGCCACGAAAACGAAACCAGCAACCAAGGCAGCACCACCGCUACAACAUCCGAAACUGAUAGCGAAGAAGCCGGCACCACCACUAGCCAACAAGCAGAAGGCGGCUGCAAAGUCAGCAACACCGCCGGUUGCCGACACGGCUCCCAAACACACGGCUUCUCCGGCCAUCCAUUCAAAGGGAUCAGAUCGAAAAGCCGACGAACAACACUAA